AUGAAGCUGACUUUUGCCAUCGCUGUUUUGACCGUAACAGCAAAUGCUGCCGAGCACGUCGUCAACCAGACGACUUGCGGCGGUAAAACCUACAAGUACACCGGUCUCGCUGGGUACGGUUUCGUUCCCUCGAAUGCCACCGACAAAUAUGGCGACACGAUUGGAGGAAUAGGCAGCUCAAUCGCCUUUGACCAAUCCGCCUGGCGCAAGACCAGUCAGUAUAGUUACUCGGGAACUGUCUACGCGACCCCGGAUCGAGGCUGGAAUACAAACGGCACUCUCAAUUUCCAGUCCCGCAUCCACAAGUUCGCCAUAAACUUGAAGCUAGCACCGAACGCAACACCCAAGAACCCCUCCAACCCAAAUGUGAACCUUAAAUACCUCGACACAAUCCUGCUCACCGGCCCAGACGGCCACCCACUAACAGCCCUGGACGCCGACGUCUCCGGCCACGCCUCCUAUCCCGGGCCGGGCGGCAAGCGGGUCUCUGUGGACUCCGAAGGCCUGGCGCUAGACACGCGCGAUGGCGGCUUCUGGGUUUCCGAUGAGUACGGGCCGUAUAUUUACAAGUUUAAUGCCGAGGGCCGCAUGGUGCAUGCCAUCCAGCCGCCGGAGGCAUACCUGCCGCGGCGUAACGGGACACUGAGCUUUAACUCCAACUCGCCGCCGCUGUAUAACCCGCAAGCUAAGCCGGUUCCAAUCUACACUGAGUCUGGGCGGAAUAAUAACCAGGGUUUUGAGGGUGUGACUGUCUCGGCGGAUGGGAAGAUGCUGUAUGUGCUUGUGCAGAGCUCGUUGAAUCAGGAGGGUGGACCGGAGAAAGUUUCUCGGUCGCCGGUGAGGUUGCUUGCUUAUGAUAUCUCGGUUGCGGAAAAGCCGGUGUUGGUUCAUGAGUAUGUUGUCAUGUUGCCCAAGUAUUGGGAUUACACGGAGAAAGAUGCGAAGAAGGCGCAUGGGGUUGCUAGUCAGUCGGAGAUUCACCAGUUACCCUCUGGGGAUUUUUUGGUUCUUGCUCGUGACUCUGGGUUUGGUCGUGGACAGAAGAACACGAGGUCUGUGUAUCGGCAUGCAGAUGUCUUCUCUUUGAAGGGUAAAAUUCCCGCUACUGAUUUGAAGGGGAAGAAAAAUUACGAUGACGCUCAUGGAGCUAUUGCUUCCUCUGAGGGCGUAUUGUUCCCCGGUAUCGUUCCAGCGGAGUACUGUUCGUUCGUGGAUUACAAUGUCAACUCAGAGCUGGGUAAGUUCCGCCUUCACAAUGGUGGUCCAUCGGAUGAGUUCCUUUUGAACGAGAAGUGGGAGAGUCUUGCUGUUGUUCCUGCGAAUCCUUCUUCUGGCGGCGCUCAUCGAGGAGCUGACGGGGAGUACUUCUUGUUCAGUUUCAGUGAUAACGACUUCAUGACCCAGGAUGGGCACCUGGAUUUUGGCAAAUUGGACUACAAGGAUGCGUCUGGCUACAACCUUGACACUCAGGUGUUGGUAUUCAAGUUGAAAUUCUGA